GGUAUUUAUGCCUACCAGCAAACAAUCCCAAGGCAGCACGUUUGACUAUGCUUCUACGGCUCCGGUGUCCAUUUCUACCUUCCCACGACAGUCUCAGAUUCGAGGAAUAAUUCCCACCUCUCCAAGAAUCUUGUUUCCACAGCACUCUUCCUUACCCCCACACCGCUGCGGCGCUGGCUAUAUAGCCUCUCUCUAUCUUGCCCCUGCACAGUAAUUUUCUAUUUUUCUCGGGAAAAAAACUCGACUUUCCUGAUAAAUCUUUCCCAGUCCAACAAAGAAAUGGCGAAUCCUACUAUCGACGAAACCGGUGGUAGUUCAAUUUCGUUCAACGAUAUCCCCGAGGAUGUCCAGCUCUGUAUUCUCUCGUUCCUGACUCCCCCCGAGAUCGCUACCUUCGCCUGCACCUCGAAGCGGUUCGUCUUACUCUGUCGAAACGACGCCAAGCUCUGGUUUACCAUGUGCGACCGGAGGUGGGGCUCCGAGACCCAAAUCGAGAGAUGGGGCAACGGGAAGAUCGCCUACAGGCUUCUCUACAAGACCCUUGACGAAUGGGAGAACCUCAUCGGUUUCUGGCGCCGGAGUGGUCCAGGCACCAUUGGCAUCUCGUCGCCGCCGUUGAUUUUCUUCGAGUGGGGCCCGUCGUUCCUCACUGGUUCAAGGGUUUCCCCUUCGAAAAACGGCACCUAUCAAGUCAUAAAGUCGCCGUUUUUGUGGAUGAGCCUCUCGCCCGAGGGCCAGAUACUGAAUUUUAUCGAUCCCGAUGGUCGGGCCGACUUAUCGGACAAUUUCGUGAACGAAUUGGAUUUCUUAGCUAACGAUUUGGUCCCGGUCAACGUUAGUUUCAUGGGGAAGACCCAUUUUGUUGUAGACGAAGAUCUGAGCUUUGCGCAUUCGAACUCUCAGGAGCAUAGAAAAAACGGGUUUAGGAGAAGUUCGAGCUCGACGAACCUGGUCGGGGACGAGGAUAUUGAGGAUUUGAUUGGAGCGGAGAGUGGGUCCCCCGGGAGCUUACCAGACCGGUUGAUGUCGGAGAUUUAUCAGUAUUUCGCGAACCGGACUAGUCCCGGUAGUGGGGAUAAGAGGAGGCAGAGGAAGAGGGACAACAAGGAAAGGCAGGGGAGGAGGAGGAAAUGGGACCCUGAGCAUUUCGUCAAGAUUGUUAAUUGCUCGCCCACGCCGUCACGGCCUUUGCAGGGCCUGUGGAAGGGAAUUUGUGAUGACAUGACCUUGGAUUUCUAUCUUGUGGUAUAUGAUGACAUUGGGGGCAUUGCUUGCCGAAGGGUAGGAGACUCGUAUGAACGAUUCUCGAGUUAUUCUCCUGUAUUUUGGACAUCAAAUGCUACAUUUAUUGAGUCUCCAUUUUCCCCAGUGGAAGUAGAUUUGUAUGAUACUCGCAUACAUGUUCGACCAUCUGCAGCAGCAAAUUACAUUGACGAGGAAUUUGCUCCAGCUGAAAAUGAGAUGGUGUCUCACAUUCUUUAUAUCAACUCAAGUUAUGAUUUAGUUAUACCAGACUUGGUGGGAAGUACUACAAAUCAUCGGCAUGUGGAGGGAAGGAUUUGGCAUUACAAUAAUGGUACAUUUGGGUUUGGCUUUCUCCGGGACAAUUUUAUUAUAGACAUGAAAUGCAUUGCCCAAAAUGGUUGUAUUCUUGAUACAAUGGAGCUUUGUAUUGAUUAGCUUUCUAGUUUGGUAUCAUUCUUGUACAGAUCGGUUUUGUGGCUGAUGCCAUUUGUGCACUGUCUACCAUAUUUGUUCUGGAAAGAUUAGGAUCAAUUCCUUUGAUAAUGCAUAAUUUAUCUUGA